AUGGGUGAAGAGAUAUUUGGCGAUGGUGAAGUUGAAGCAAAAAAGGAUAAGGGAAGCAUGAUACUAUCUGGGACUAGAAUUGGAAAAUCAACAGCAGCAUUAGUUUUGGAGGCAAUCGACGACAAUGUUUUAUCAAUACGUCAAUUGGCACAACAUGCACGUCAAGAACGAGAAAGAUGUCAAUUAAAAGAAUUGACUGUGCAUGUAUUAGAACAAAUUGGACCAAUAGAUUUUCCAGAGUCAUCGUCUGUGAACACAAUGCUCCGGGGAAUGCCUCCACAAAAUCUUGAGGAAGGCGUCACAGCGCAUUCGGAACCACACUCUAGAUGUUCUAUAGAAAUCUUUGAACUUGCUAUAGAACAAACUAUGGCAACAAAUGAUGUUGGGCUAUCGUUUGUGAUUACCACGACCUAA